UGGCCCUCAAUCUUUUCAGGGCUUGAAAUUAUUGCUAACCGUGUUACCUUUAGCCACAGAGAUGCUGGUGGAUCCCCAUCCCUUUUUGAUCUCCUGGUCAGUCUAGGAAGAAAUCAUCAUGCCACUUUGGCCUUGGCAGACCUCCAUGCAGAACUAGAUUAUUCCCCUGGAGCAAUGGUCUAUAUUGCAGGGCGGGUGCUAGAACAUUCUGUUGGUUCCUGGCUUAAUGGAGAACGGGUUGUAAUUGCCCAUUUCAUGAAGGAUGCUGUGCAUGACAGAGUUGGGGUGCCAAGGCCAUCAUUUCCGAUGCAGAGUUUCUUUUUAGAGUUAGUAGGGGGGAAGAGUCGGAAGAGAAUAAGGAGUAGGAGAUAG